UUCAUCAAUGACCAAUUCAAGAAGAUUGUUAUCUAUGAAGAUUUCUACUUUCCUCAUCAACUCACUACACUCUCAUCACCAAUCUACAAUCUCUCAGUCGUCUCGACACAUCUUGUUUGUAACUCUUCAUCUAAUUCUAGUUCAAAUAAGAGCAUGGAUUUGAAAGAUUUUCUUUCUCCUAAGGAUCUUUGGCACGCGAUGAACGACGAUGAACUAAUGUGGAGAGCUUCAAUGGUGUCUCAAGUAAAAGAAUACCCUUUUAAUAGAACUCCAAAAGUGGCAUUCUUGUUCUUAACAAGGGGAAGAUUGCCUUUAGCACCACUUUGGGAGAUGUUCUUUAAAAGAAAUGAAGGGUUGUUUUCAAUAUACCUACAUACUUCACCAGAGUUCAACUUUGAGCCUCCACCAUCAUCUGUGUUUUACAAAAGGAGGAUACCUAGCCAGACAGUACAAUGGGGAAGAGCAAGUAUGAUUGAUGCAGAGAGACGACUUCUUGCAAAUGCACUCCUCGACAUCUCCAACGAAAGAUUCAUAUUACUCUCCGAAACAUGCAUUCCUUUGUUCAACUUCACUACAAUUUACAAUUUCCUAACAAAAUCCAACCAAAGUUUCCUAGGAUUAUUCGACGAUCCGAGGAAAAUAGGUCGUGGGAGGUACAACAAACGUAUGCACCCGAUCAUAACAAUUUCAGAUUGGCGAAAGGGCUCGCAAUGGUUCGAAGUUCAUCGCAAACUCGCCCUUAAAAUUAUCUCUGACGUGACAUAUUACCCUGUUUUUAAGAAUUAUUGUACACCACCUUGUUACAUGGACGAACAUUACUUGCCAACAUUAGUGAACAAAGUUUGUCCUAAAUUAACGUCGAAUUGGAGCGUUACAUGGGCCGAUUGGUCGGCUGGCGGCUCGCACCCGACAACAUUUUUGAGAAAAGAUGUAACGGAGGAGUUUUUGGAUAGUGUUAGGUAUGGGUUUAAUUGUAGUUAUAAUGGAGAGUUGAGUUCAAUUUGUUUUCUUUUUGGGAGGAAGUUUCAUCCUAGUACUUUGCAACCUUUACUUAGGAUUGGACCAAAGUUGCUUGGUUUUGGUUGA